AUGGGUCGCGUCCGCACGAAGACGGUCAAGAAGUCCGCUAAAGUCAUCAUCGAGCGCUACUACCCGAAGCUGUCCCAGGACUUCGAGGUCAACAAGCGCAUCUGCGAUGAGAUUGCCAUCAUUGCGUCCAAGAGGCUGAGGAACAAGAUUGCGGGAUAUACUACGCAUCUGAUGCGCCGUAUCCAACGCGGCCCGGUCCGUGGUAUCUCCUUCAAGCUGCAGGAAGAAGAGCGUGAGCGCAAGGAUCAGUACGUGCCUGAGGUGUCGGCGCUGGAUAUCGGUGCGAUGGAGGCGGGUGCGCUGGACAUUGAUCAGGAGACGAAGGAUCUGCUGAAGAGUUUGGGCUUCGACUCCAUCAACGUCAACGUCGUCCCUGUCGCCCAGCAGCAGGUUGCUGAGCGUGGUGGCCCGCGCCGCUUCAACGAUCGGAGGCCUGGACAGUAGAGCCCGAGAGCUCUCUUUCACCACUUCAACCUUUAACUCUACUCGAACGGACGGUCCUCGAUGAGAUGAGAUGAUGAAUAGAAGGCUUUG